GCAUUAGCUGGCAAGGGUGGAAACCUGUGUGGAAUGUGGCCUCUUUUUUCCUGGGCGGUGAAUCCAGCUGUCAUCUGUGCUCUCGCCUGGCAUCUCAUAUAGUCAUUUAUCUUGCUCUUUUAAAAUCACAAGUAAUACGUUCCUCUUGUAACACAAGAACCAGGAAAGUGGAAAGGAACGUGGACAGUCACUCCCUUCUUCUGUCCCUUCUCCUUCCUCCCCUCCCUUCUCUUCCCCUUCCCAUUUCCUCUCUUCCCUCCCCACUUCCCUCCUUUUUCUCUCCCUCCCUUCCUUCCUUCUCCUCUUCCCUCCUUCCUUUCAGUGGGAUCCCUCACAUGUCACUCUGCAACCCUUAAAAAAAAAAAAAAAAAAAAAGCUUUGUAAUGAAUCAACAAAUGGUUUUGCAGCACCUGGUGACUAUUCCUCCUGGAGAAGACCCACAAACAAACCCAGCUCUGAGCCCGGCCUUUGGGUCUUCGACGCUUUGGUGAGAGCGUCUCUGUUGGGGCUGCCCACACGCCAGGGGGGAAGCCAGAGAGAGCAGCCCCUCCCUGGGCCAGAGGGUGGGUCCGUGGCUUCCUUCCAACUGGGCACCAGCAACAGUGGAUGUCAGCUGACAGAGGAAGCCCUCGUUUGAAGAUGUCCACAGAUUCUAGAAAAGAGGGAACGCUCUUCGGCACGGUGUGUUUGCCGGUGGUGCGCGUUGAGACCAUGUUCGCAGUCUAGAGCUUGUGUUCUGUGUCUGCCAGGGAGACAGACAGCCCUGGUGGGUACCCAGUUGUUUGGACAAGGCCAGCCUGGUCAGAGGUAGUCUGCUGUCAGCUCGCUGAGACAAGAUAACCAUGCUCGAUAGGUCAGCAUAUGUCCAUCCAGACUUACUUUUCCACGUGAAUUCCCACUGGUUACCUUCCUGUUGGCUUUAUGAGUUACCAGCCUGUUGCAUUUGUGAUUGGCAGUUGGGGAGGAGCCACUGGCACCAGGCCGAAGUCUGUCCCCUCUGGGGCUCGCUGUUAGGGUGCACGUGGCCUUCUGGGGUUCUCGCUAAAGUGCACGUUCUGAUCAAGUAGACCCGGGGUGGAGUCAGCUCCCGGCGAUGCUGUGCUGCCGGUUGGAGUAGACCCGGGGUGGAGUCAGCUCCCGGCAAUGCUGUGCUGCCGGUUGGAGUAGACCCGGGGUGGAGUCAGCUCCCGGCGAUGCUGUGCUGCUGGUUGGAGUAGACCCGGGGUGGAGUCAGCUCCAGGUGAUGCUGUGCUGAGGGUUGGAGUAGACCCGGGGUGGAGUCAGCUCCAGGUGAUGCUGUGCUGAGGGUUGGAGUAGACCCGGGGUGGAGUCAGCUCCAGGUGAUGCUGUGCUGAGGGUUGGAGUAGACCCGGGGUGGAGUCAGCUCCAGGCGAUGCUGUGCUGAGGGUUGGAGUAGACCCGGGGUGGAGUCAGCUCCCGGCAAUGCUGUGCUGAGGGUUGGAGUAGACCCGGGGUGGAGUCAGCUCCAGGUGAUGCUAUGCUGAGGGUUGGAGGACCCCGUGCUGAGCACCAGCGUGCUGAGUUCUGCCCCUGUAGGUCUGCUCAGGAGGAGCCCGCUGGAAAUAUACAAGCUUGUGUCUGUGCCCCGAGGAAGCUCCACCCUGGGCCUUACAGCUGGAUUCCCAGCUCGUGACCUCGCUGCUCCUUGGCCUUCCAGGACAAUCAAUAAUGUGAAGUCCGUAAGAAAUAAAGUUCCAGGGUCAUCACCCAGCAGGUUUCAUUAAGCAUUUUAUGCACUCGAGUCAGUGGGCAGAGCCUGUGCCUCACAGGAAGGGAUGCAUCAGUGGACGUGGUAUGAGCCUGCAGUGAGGAGGAGAAGCGCUGGCCCUGGAGUGCUUCCCUUUGCUUCGGAGUCCAGCAGUCCGCUGGCUGUUGUGUGAUAUCGAGUGGUCUUCUGUAUUCAGAAAUGUAUACUUUUUUUUCCCCAGGCCACUUUAAAAAGAUUCACUGUGUAUUUGUAUUAUAAAGGCAUUUUACUGGGUGAAGAGAAUGCUCUAAAGUUAUGAUCUGUGACGGUUACGCAGCCUUGUGAACAUAUGAAACCACUGAAUCAUGGACUUGAUCAGGGUCCAUAUUAUGAUGCCAGGGAUGCGGAACAGUUGAGCAAGAACAAGGUGACACAUAUUCUGUCUGUCCACGAUAGUGCCAGGCCUAUGUUGGAGGGAGUUAAAUACCUGUGCAUCCCAGCAGCGGAUUCACCAUCUCAAAACCUGACAAGACAUUUCAAAGAAAGUAUUAAAUUCAUUCAUGAGUGCCGGCUGCGCGGUGAGAGCUGCCUCGUACACUGCCUGGCCGGGGUCUCCAGGAGCGUGACGCUGGUGAUCGCGUAUAUCAUGACUGUCACCGACUUUGGCUGGGAGGACGCCCUACACACCGUGCGUGCUGGGAGAUCCUGUGCCAACCCCAACGUGGGCUUCCAGAGACAGCUCCAGGAGUUUGAGAAGCAUGAGGUCCAUCAGUAUCGGCAGUGGCUGAGGGAAGAGUACGGAGAGAGCCCUUUGCAGGAUGCAGAAGAAGCCAAAAACAUUCUGGGUAAAUAUAAGGAGCAAGGGCGCGUGGAGCCCCAACCCGGCGCCAGGCGGUGGAGCAGUUUCCCGGCACUGGCUCCGCUGGCCUACGAUAAUUACACGACGGAAACCUAACGCAAGGGACCUGCUGCCUUCCUCCCACUGCUUGUCUUCAGUGUGCCCGGCUGGGCGGCCGUGCGGUGGUGGUGGCCGCUGGGGACAGGAGAGGGAGAUCGCCAGGGUGAGGUGGGACACUCAGGGCUCCUUCCCAAGCAACACUGCCCAGCCCUGCUCGAGGCCCCUUCACGCCGCCCACCCCCACCCUGGCUGCCUGAGCUUGCUGCCCCCGGGAUGCCGCCCAGUGGCUGUGCACGUGGGUGUGAGUGCACGUGGGUGUGGGUGAGUGUAAGUGAAUGGAUGCAUGCGUGUGCCUGUGUGAGGGUAUGUGCACCCUAGGUGUGUACCUGUGUGUACGUUGUGAAAGUGUGUAUGUGCACAUGAAUGUGUGUAGUGCACGUGGGUGUGAGUGAGUGCAC